UUGUCAGUUAAUUUUAAAGAUUGUUCUAAAUACAUAAUUUGAUAUCAUAAAAAAAGAUGAUAUUUCCUAAAAAUCUAAACAUAAUAUGCAGUUAAACACAAUUAAGAUUAUUUUAUUAUCAUUAUUUCCCAUACAGUGGGUUAAUGUUACUUAUUAUUCCAGUUAUUUGACAAGUUCACACAAUUUUUUGAGGUCUAAAUGAAGAGUUCAGGAUGAAGGCCUAACGCUUAGGUGAGAUUUUGUGAGUAUUUUACUUUCUUUAUGGAAAGUAUGCAUUCAUUCAGUAAAGAGAAUGUCAUCGUGAAAAUAAACAUACGCCUUGUAAACAUGUUUUGAUUUGUCUCAGGUGCUUUGUGCGCAACUGCAAUAGAGCGCGAGCUCACCUGCGUGCUCUGACACCCUGUAAAAUGACUGCUUCCUGGACUCAGACCAGAGAUAAGUAUAAUGCAUGUAGAGGGGAAAGGCGUGAUCUUCCGCAUCAGUACACUCUACAGCGUGGCUGUGUAAUGUAGAGUGAGGCAUACAGAUCUCCUAACUUGGGGUGACUACAUGGCACAUGAUGAAAUUUCAAAUUGUAACCGAGAGCAAAAAGAGGAAUUGAGUCUCUAUUUUUCUUUUUUAAUCGUCUCUUCUGCUUUAGCGAGCUGAAUAGUGUAGCACCGCUGAAGGAAAACACAACGAGGUAAAAUGAAGGACCGACUGGGUGACCUACAGACUUUCAUCUCGAAGGCUGCAGAGGAAGAGCUCAGCCCUGAGGGGAACCUUAACAACAGCACUGAGGGUGAGGAGCAUCUGGAGCAGCAUGCAAUUGUGUUCGAGGGUGAGGAUGUGAUGGACGGCAUCUACAAAGAGGCCCAAGCGAUGAGGAAGGAGAUGCUCUUGCUCAAAAUGGACGUGAAGCGCCUGGGGAAGCAGAACACCAGGUUUCUCACGUCUGUGAGGAGGAUCAGCAGCAUCAAGCGGGACUCCAAUGCACUUGGAAGGGACAUCAAGGCCAAAGGGGAGGCCAUUUAUGCACGGCUGGAGAAGAUGGCGAAGUUGAGCAAGGAGCUGGAGGAGGAGCACGGCUGUACGUCGGCUGUGGCUCGUAUGGUGCGCUCACAGUAUGUGUCUCUGGCCAACGCCUUCCACGAAGCCAUGUCCGAGUACAACGAGGCUGAAAUGGCCCAGCGGGAGAACUGCAAGACCCGCAUUCAGAGGCAAGCCGAGAUCAUGGGCAAGGAGGUGAGCAGGGAGCAGAUAGAUGAGAUGGUUGAGACGGGAAAGUGGAAUGUCUUCUCUGAUAAUAUCCUGCUGGAGGGGAGGACAGCCAGAUCUGCUCUGAGUGAGAUCGAGAACAGACACAAGGAGCUGCUGGAGCUGGAGAGCCGUAUCAGGGACAUUCAUGAGCUCUUCUUCCAGAUGGCUCUGCUGGUGGAAGAGCAGGGCUGCAUGCUGAACAACAUAGAAGGCAAUGUAAUUGCAACUCAGGACUAUGUUGCCAAGGCUACAGUUCAAAUCAAGAAGGCUGUGAAAUACAAGAAAAACAAUCCUUGCAAGAAACUCUUUUGUUGCUGCUUUCCUUGCUGCAAAUAAAACAUAAGUUUUCAUUUUAUUUAAAUGAGCUUCCGUUGCAAAGAUGGUUAUCAGCUCAAAUGAAGCACUAACUUCAGCUUUAGGCAGUAGUUGUGUCCAAAUCUCACACUAUAGAAUUUUUUUUUUAAUCUGCUGGUCUAAGAAACCACACAUUCAUAUGUAUAUGCAUACAGCAUUAUGGUUGUUACAUUUCCUCAUUGUUGCUUUGAAAAGCUUUUUAUAUGACUGCUGUAAAGACAUCUAAGCUAUUAUUUAAAGCAAGACUCAGCUUUUGUGCUACUACUUUCAAUUAGUAAGUUUUAUAAUUUAAAAUGGAAUAGUUAAGUCAGUAAUGGGGGAUUUAUUGUUCAAUAACUGCCUUAGAGUUGCUAAUUUGGGCAGCUUGAAUGUAACUUUGUAUGAAAAUGGAAAUACAAUAAGGUCUGGGUUUCUCUGCAGGCAUGUCCUAACAAGAUCUUUAGAAACACAUUAAGGCAUAGUUGUGGUUUGCUGAGGAGAGGAGAUAUAUUUGUAUGGGUUGCGUAACUGCAUGCAGGCCGGAAUCAUGUCACACCAGCUGUAACCCAGGGCUAUUGUUAGCCCACAUGAUAGAAAAUGUUCAGAUCACCUCCACUGAUCUAGUAAACUCUGAACUAGUGUCUUCUUCAUCCAAUCACAUCUACAUAGAAGGAUUUCUCUUACAAGCAUCUCUGAAUCAGUGUGCAUGUUCUGUCAGACAGCUCUGGGGUCUUUAACUUUUUGUAUCUUGCUUUCCUGUUGGUGUAUGAUAGUGAAAUCUCCCAUGCAUGGCAGCCCAUCACCCACAGAAAGGGAAGUUCCAGUUGUCAGCUUGUAAUGUGAGGGUGAGUCAGACCAUCAAAGGGUCCUUGAGUCACCAGUGGGUGUUUUUUUAGAAUUGACUGCCUCAGAGCUGAUUGUUGUUGCAAUGAGUUUCAGGGCUGAAAUGAUUGCACUUCCUCAGCAGCAGUGUGUGGUUUGUGGGGGCAUUUACAGGCAGCAUCACUGGAUUUGUUUUAAACGUUGCACCACUGCAUUAUUAAAGUAGGAUAAUCUGUUGUUCUCGUGGUUGUGCUGUUGUUUGUCACACUCCCAGAAACUCAUCUGUAUUAAGAUGGCUGAGUCGUUCCCCUCAGACAGUAAUCCUUGCUAUUUCAAACCCACUUAUGGUUGAACAUUUAAAUAAGUAGACGUAUAAGAAAACUCUACUGUUUAAAAAAUGUGAAUACUUCCAUGCAUUACAUGAAGAAGACACAGUUUUCUUUACCAGAAAAAAUGUAACUAUUCUAAAGCUGCAGGUCAUCUUUCACAUGGGAAUAGAUUUCAGGCACAUUGUUGCCCCCAAAAACUAAAAAUAACUGAAGGCCAUGAAUAAAACUUCUGAGGUUUAGUGGCAACGUACAAACGUUUGCAGUACCACAAUUAUUACUGAAACCACUGAGGAGGGUGGGUAGUUUUGGGAAUCAGUCCAUUGAUGAUUAUUUGAUGCCAUCUAGCUGUAAGAGAUGGGAAUUUAUCACAUUUCAUGUACAUUUUUUUUCCUCUAAACCCAUACACUGGUUUAGUUCUUAAAGCUUAAAUGAUCUAAAAAAGAAAACUUUACCUGCUUUGACAAUAUUGUAAAUUUCUUUUUGUUUGCUAACUCAGUUUCUACAUCAACAUGACAUAAUUUGCACCAAUUUAAAUUGCCUGUUGUUAUUGUACUCAAAGACUUAUUAGGUCCAAAAAGAAGUGGGCUGCCAUAUUUUGUCCCCCAGGCAACAGUUAAGGAUUAACAAAUAUAUGACACAAUAUGUCUUCAAAUGUAAUUAACUGGAUGUAUUACUGUGUUAAUACACUGUGUGAUGUAAAUUCAGUUGAACACAUAGCUGGAUAAGAAUCACAGGAAUAAAAUUAAAAAUUGUGUCUCUUUAUUAAACUGCUUCAAUAGUCAAACAUUUGAAGCUGACAUACAGAAGUCAAAAAACACUUCAACAGGAGUGAAAAUAAAGCUUAAAAUACUGACAAAAUUGUGUACAAACUCCAGGUGCAAAGACAUGACUGCAUGUCUGAAAUCAAAAAAGGUAAUCAGCAGCUGAAAACCCCUUUUACGUCUUAUUUAUAAGAACCUAAACGGGCUCAUGUAAAGGUUUACACAUCUGAAUCUUUAUAUGAGCCUGCUGGUAUCAGAUGGAAAAAAAGUGAAAAUUUACUAUAUCAAUGCACAGUGCCUGAGAAAUAAACUGUAAAAAUUAGUCUGCAACUGGAGUGAUAAAUACAAUUUCAAAACUCACAUGCAGAACAUGACAGAGUAAAAUACCUGCAACUCAAGCAAAGACAACCCCUCAGCUUUUGGAUUUUAGUUUUACAGUACAUGCAAUCAUGUGCAAAUCAAUAAUUCACAACUAAACCUAACUGAGGCAGACUUCUCACUAAAAACAAGUACCAGUACAAAAAAAGAGACAGACCAAAGAUGGAUUGGGAAUAAUG